GCAGUCUUUUCCAAAACAAAACAGCCAAUUGAAACUGUUCUAAACUGAAGCCAGUAAGAUGGCUGAAAGACCACAACAUAUGUUGAUGAGGGUAUCUGUUGGGAUUCACAAAGAAGACAUUGAUGCUGCUAUUGAAACAUACAACCUUCUCUCUGAGAAGUGGUUUACUCAUGCCUCCCCCACUCUCUUCAAUGCUGGUACCAACCGCCCACAACUCUCUAGCUGUUUCCUUCUGAGUAUGAAAGAUGACAGCAUUGAAGGUAUUUAUGACACUCUAAAGCAGUGUGCACUAAUUUCCAAGUCUGCUGGGGGAAUUGGUGUUGCUGUGAGUUGUAUCCGAGCUACUGGCAGCUAUAUUGCUGGGACUAAUGGCAAUUCCAAUGGCCUUGUACCUAUGCUGAGAGUGUAUAACAACACAGCUCGAUAUGUGGAUCAAGGUGGGAACAAGCGACCUGGGGCAUUUGCUAUUUAUCUGGAGCCUUGGCAUUUAGACAUCUUUGAGUUCCUUGAUUUAAAGAAGAAUACGGGAAAGGAAGAACAGCGUGCCAGGGACCUAUUUUUUGCCCUUUGGAUUCCGGAUCUCUUCAUGAAACGAGUGGAGACUAAUCAGGACUGGUCUUUGAUGUGUCCAAAUGAAUGUCCUGGUCUGGAUGAGGUUUGGGGAGAGGAAUUUGAGAAGCUAUAUGAAAGUUAUGAGAAACGGGGUCGCAUCCGCAAAGUUGUAAAAGCCCAGCAGCUUUGGUAUGCCAUCAUUGAGUCUCAGACAGAAACAGGUACCCCAUACAUGCUCUACAAAGAUUCCUGUAAUCGAAAGAGCAACCAGCAGAACCUGGGAACGAUCAAAUGCAGCAACCUGUGCACAGAAAUAGUAGAGUAUACCAGCAAAGAUGAGGUUGCAGUUUGUAACUUGGCUUCUCUGGCUUUGAAUAUGUAUGUCACAUCAGAACACACAUAUGACUUUAAGAAGUUGGCUGAAGUCACCAAAGUUAUUGUCCGUAACUUGAAUAAAAUUAUUGAUAUAAAUUACUACCCUGUCCCAGAGGCAUUUUUAUCAAAUAAACGCCAUCGCCCCGUUGGAAUUGGGGUACAAGGUCUGGCAGAUGCUUUUAUCCUGAUGAGGUAUCCUUUUGAGAGUCCAGAGGCACAAUUAUUGAAUAAGCAAAUUUUUGAAACCAUUUAUUAUGGAGCCUUGGAAGCCAGUUGUGAACUGGCCAAGGAGCAUGGCCCAUAUGAAACCUAUGAGGGUUCUCCAGUCAGCAAAGGCAUCCUUCAGUAUGAUAUGUGGAAUGUUACUCCUACAGACCUAUGGGACUGGAAGCUUCUCAAGGAGAAGAUUGCAAAGUAUGGUGUAAGAAACAGUUUACUUAUUGCCCCGAUGCCUACUGCUUCAACUGCUCAGAUACUGGGGAAUAAUGAGUCCAUUGAACCUUACACCAGCAACAUCUAUACUCGCAGAGUCUUGUCAGGAGAAUUUCAGAUUGUGAAUCCCCACUUACUGAAAGAUCUUACUGAGCGGGGCUUGUGGAAUGAAGAGAUGAAAAACCAGAUUAUUGCAUGCAAUGGCUCUAUCCAGAGCAUACAUGAAAUUCCUGAUGACCUGAAGCAACUUUAUAAGACAGUGUGGGAAAUCUCUCAAAAAACUGUACUGAAGAUGGCAGCUGAGAGAGGAGCUUUCAUCGAUCAAAGCCAGUCUCUGAACAUCCAUAUUGCUGAGCCUAACUAUGGCAAACUCACUAGUAUGCACUUCUAUGGCUGGAAGCAGGGUUUGAAGACUGGGAUGUAUUAUUUAAGGACAAGACCAGCAGCUAAUCCUAUCCAGUUCACUCUAAAUAAGGAGAAGCUGAAAGAUAAGGAAAAGGCAUCAAAAGAGGAAGAAGAGAAGGAGAGGAACACAGCAGCCAUGGUGUGCUCUCUGGAGAAUAGAGAUGAGUGUAUGAUGUGUGGAUCCUGAGAAGAAAGGCUCAGAAGAGACCAGCACUUCUUUGACAGCCACACUACUUCUUGAUCAUAGAUAGGCGUAGUGAGUUUGCUUGAGGUGGUAAGGCUUGGCUGGACCUUAUUGUAGAAAAAGGAUCAAUUCAUUUAAAGUACUCUUUCUCAGUUUUGGUAAGGUGGCUUAGUUUUGCUGCUUUGACUGGUGGGGUCCCUAGAAGCAAAACUGAGUCCUUAUUCAUACCAGUAACCCAUCAGAGCCACCCAGGAAAGGCUCUUGUUGUCUUCUCUGACUUGCUCCAGGACCUUUAUUUGGACAAGGUCCUAUAGGUCAUCUGAAAUAAAGAUGAACAUUUCUAAGUGACUGUGUCAGAUUAAUUUUGUCAUUUAUUUUCAUACAAAUGUCAAAUUUGAAGAAAAAAAUGUUUCUGUUCUUUGAGAGUUCAGGAAGAAAAUUUUAAAACAAAUUGCUUAAAAUCUAUAUAGCACCCUGACUUUAAUAUUUAUAUGCCUUUUUCCUCUUUUUAACACAUGCAUGUAUAUAAACAAACAUAUGCUUAUCCCUUAUUGUUAUAUUAACUGGUGCUCUUUUUGAAUGUGGCUAAUUUCCCAAUUUUGAUACGGAGAAGCAUCAUUAGCAUCUUUAGUUAGUAAAAUGCUUUCCAAAUUUUCACAGCUUUUUUCAGGAAAAUUAUGGAAUGUUCUUCAAGUCUCUACUCUCUAUUCCUUUGGCAGUUUUCAUUGGAUUUUUUGAUGGUGUGUGUUCAAUUCAGUGUUCUGUAUCUCAGUAUAUAACCUACAUUAAGUUCUACUUUUGCAGGUAAGGAAAUAGAUUCAAAAAAAUUAAGUAACUUGAAAUCCUCAGGGCUUUGAACCAGUUCAUUCCGAUUCUGCCCCCUGCUGAGAAUUUUCAUUUCCACUUCAAAUAUACUCAAUCGUAAUCUACAUUUUAACAAGAUUCCCAGGUGAUUCUUAUGGAUAGGUAAGAAUCACCUGGGUACAUAAGAAUUACUUUGUUCUUCAUUUAAGAAAUACUUGUUGAGUGUGCCUACCUUGUGCCGGACAUUAUGCAUUAUACAUAAACCUAUGUACAUACACAUAGUUUUAUCAUCAAAAGGAUAUAGACUAGAUUUUGUUCUUUAACUGAAGCUACAGGGAAAGACUACUCAGCUAGUGUAUCUGAAACAUUAAACAAUUGUUAAAAAUAUAUCUCUGUUACUUGAUUCCAGACUUCAAUAAUAUUCUUCACAUUUGUACAGCAUCUUAGUGUUUAACAUUUAUAAACCAUUUAAUUCUUAUAACCUCUGACACAAAAUUUCUAUCCUUGAGCUAGCUUUCUUCUCAAAGGCUUGGACUCAAGACCUACUGGAACAUUUGUGUAUCUUCUUUAGAGAGAUGUAUGUUUAAGUCUUUUGCCCAUUUUUAAAUUGAGUUGUUUGUCUUUUGUUGAGUUGUAGGAUUGCUUUAUAUAUUCUGGAUAUUAAACCCUUAUGAGAUACUUGAUUUGCAAAUACUUUCUCCCAUUCUGUAGCUUGUCAUUUCACUUUCUUGAUAAUGCCCUUUGAUACACAAAAGUUUUUAGUUUUGAUGAAAUGCGAUUUAUUUUUUCUUUUGUUUCUAAUGCUUUCAGUGUCAUAUCUUCAGAAUACAUUGCCAAAUCCAAGGCCAUGAAGAUUUACCCCUGUUUUCUCUUUAGAGUCUUAUGGUUUUAGCUCUUAUAUUUAGUCUGUUGAUCCAUUUUGAGUUAAUUUUUAUAUAUGGUGUGAGGUAGGAGUCCAACUUUAUUCUUUGGCAUGCCAAAAUCCAGUUGCCCUACUACUCUUUGUUGAAGAGACUGUUCUUUCCUCAUUGAAUGGACUUGGCACUUCUGUUGAAAAUCAGUUGACCAUAGAUGUUUGGUUUUAUUUCUGUACCCUGAAUUCUAUUCUGUUGGUCUGUAUGUCUGUCUUUAUACCACUACCACACUGUUUUGAUUACCAUGGCUUUGUAGUAUGUUUUGAAAUUGGGAAGUGUGAGUUCUUGAACUCUGUUCUUCCUUUUUCAAGAUUACUUUGACUAUUCAAGACCCCCUGUAAAUUCAUAUGAAUUUGAGGAUCAGCUUUUCUAUUUCUGAAAAAAAAAGGGUGCUGGGAUUUUAAUAGAAAUUGCAUUGAAUCAGAGAUUGCUUUGGGUAGUAUUGACAUCUUUACAAUAUUAAGUCUUCCAGUCCAUGAACACGGGAUGUGCUUCCAUUUAUUUAGGUCUUUAAAUUCUUUUGGCAAUGUUUUACAGUUUCAGUGUACCAGGCUUUCACUUCCCUGGUUAAAUUAUUCCUAGAUACUUUAUUCUCUUACAUGCUGUUGUAAUGGAAUUGUUUUCUUAGUUUUCUUCUGGGAUUGUUCAUUGCUGUUGUAGAGAAAUACAACUGAAUUUUGUGUGAUGAUCGCGUACCCUGCAACUUUGCUGAAUUUGUAUAUUAGCUGUAGUAGCUUUCUUGUGGAUUCUUUGGGAUUUUCCAAGUAUAGGAUCUUGUCAUCUGUGAAUAAAGAUAGUUUUACUUCCUUUCCAAUUUUGAUUCCUUUUGUUUCUUCUUGCUCAGUUUCUCUGGCUAGAACUUCCAGAACAGUGUUGAAUAGCAGUGGUGAAAGUAGGCAGCCUUAUCUUAUUCCUGAUCUUGGGAAAGUUUUCAGUCUUUCCUUGUUGAGUAUGAUGUUAGCUGUGAGUUAUUUGUAAAUGCCCUUUAUCAUAUUGAAGAAUUUCUUUUCUAUUCCUAGCUUGUUGAGUGUUUUUAUCCUGAAAGGGUGUUGAAUUUUAUCAGGUACUUUUUCUGCAUCAAUAGAGAUGGUAAUUUUUUUUUCCUUCAUUCUAAUAAUGUGGUGUAGUAUGUUGAUUGAUUUUCUUAUGUUGAACCACCCUUGCAUUCCUAGGAUAAAUUCCACUUAGUCAUGGUGUAUAAUCCUUUAAAAUGCUGUUAGAUUUGGUUUACUAGUAUUUUGUUGAAGAUUUUUACAUCUGUAUUCAUAAGGGAUAUUGGUCUGUAGUUUUCUUGUGGUGUCUUUAUCUGACUUUUUUCAGAAUGAAUUAGGAAGUUUCCCUCUUCUAUUUUUGGAAAAGUGUGAUUAGGAUUGGAGUCAUUUCUGUAAGUGUCUGAUAGAAUUUCCCAGUGAAACGAUUUUGUCCAUAACUUUUCUUUGUUGGGAGGUUUUUGGGCAUUAAUUCAAUCUCUUCAGUUGUUACUGGUUUGCUGAGACGUUAGCCAGUUCAGGUAAUUUGUGUUUUUCUAAAAAUUUGUCCAUUUCAUCUAGGUUAUUAUCUAAUUUGUUGGCGUAUAAUUGUUCAUAGUAUUUUCUUUUAAUCCUUUUCAUUUCUUUUGAGUCAGUAGUAAUGUCCCCACUUUCAUUUCUGAUUUUAGUUACUUGCAUCCUCUUUUUAUUUGCCAGUCUAACUAAAGGUUUGUCAAUUUUAUUGCUGUUUUCAAAGAACCAGCUUUUGGUUUCAUUGAUUCUCUCUAUUGUUUUUC